GUCUGGAGACUUUCGUCUCCGUUGCGAAGACGCUGCCGUCAUCUGAAAUAUAUGAUGUCGUGGAGGGCUACGUAAAAAUUUCCAUGGAGUGUGCUGAAAUAUUCAAACUCUUGGACGGGGAAAGGAAGCCUGAAAGUGAAAUGCUGUUAAUCUUUCAAGCUCUAGAAGCCAUUUUACUGAGGACAGCCACUGACCUCUCCCAUUUUUCUGUUGUGGGAAUGAACAUAGUCAAAAAGUUGAUUCAUUCCUACAUGAGAUUGGUCUAUGCUGCUUUGUAUUCUGAAAAUCACAAGAUGAGUCGAGCGUGCCUUACCCUGUUGUCAGCAAUGGUGGCUCAGGGGCCAGAUUCAGCAAGGGAUGUGUAUAGCCAUUUUGAUUUCAAUAAUAAGUUUCUGCCUGGAUUAUUGAAAAAAAGAUGUAAGAAGGGGAGAACUGAUGUCCGUAUGGCCUAUAUUCAGUUUGCUCUCUCCUUUUUAAUUGCUGGUGACAAUGCAAUCUUGACACAGGUGCUGGAAUUAAAAGAUUUCCUUCCAGAUAUUCUUCGUUCUGAAGUAAAGGAAGACAAAGUUUCUACUGUCAAUCUUCUACUUUCCACACUGAGAACUAAGGUGGUUCAAAAUAAAAAUAUCACCAAAACCCAGAAGGUGCGCUUUUUUACUGCAGAAGUGUUGAUUCACAUAGCUUCACUUUACCGGUGGAAUGGGAUUACUGAUGUCAGCCCUGGAGAUUUAAAGAUGACUCAAGGUUCUGAAGAGGUGGGAAAGAUGAUGGUACGGGAACUUGUUCAUAAUUUCUUAAUGGACCUCUGCUGCUCUCUGAAACAUGGCAUAACUUUCUAUGAUCCAAGUCUUGGAACUUCUGGCAAGGGAGGAAAUGUGGUACUUCUGCGCUUCCUGCUCGGUUUAAAAACUGCAACAGAAGAUGAAAUGGUUGCUGAUCUCAUGGUGAAUAUUCUUAAAGUAUGCCCAGAUUUAUUGAAUAGAUACUUUAAGGAGACCCGGUAUUCCUUUGUUCCUAGACUGAAGUCAGCUUGGAUGGACAAUAUGAAGUUACUCAAAAAGAUCUAUGAGGCUCAACCAGAGAUUUCCAAUUCUUUUAAGACUUCAGAGUUUAUUCCUCUUCCCAGGAUGCUUUCUAUGGUGAUGGUAACAACAGUCCCUGCAGUGUGCAAUAAAAUAAUGUUCACCCAAGGACUAAAUUUACCCAGCACAGUAGUGAAGCACAGCAUACUGUCACUUGUAUCAAUGGUUCUGAGAAGAGCCUUGAAGAAUAUUGAGUAUUGUUUGAAUGAAGAAACUUGGCAAAAGUCAGAAAUCUAUACACUGUCAAUGAUGCAGGAAUUUGUACAGCUGUACAGAGAAGCCAUCAGCAAGCUUUUACCAGACAUGAACAAUAUAGUGGCUGUCUGGCAGUCCCUUCUGAAGCAAGGGAGAGAACACCACGAUGGCCAAGAGGAGAAAAGGGAAAGUGAUAUCUCCACUGUGAAGGCAAUGACUGAGACAGCAGAAGUUGCUGAACAGCAUG